AAGGCAUAUAGAAUGCAGAUGUUCAGAAGAAAGCUAAACACACCAGAGAGAAACAUACAGAGUAAACUACUCUCGAAUUAACCCUCAUAAUCCACCAAAAUGCAGAUGUCCGAACCCCUCAGCCAGAAGAACGCUCUCUUCACGGCAAUGAACCGCUUCAUCGGCGCCGUCAACAACAUGGACCAGACGGUCAUGGUGCCAAGCCUGCUGAGAGAUGUGCCGCUGGACCAACAGAACGAGGAGCAGAAGCUAACCAAUGUUAUGGGUAGCUAUCUGCGGGAUGCUGAGGACGACAUGUACAGCUAUUACAGCCAGCUCAAGUCCAUCCGGAACAACAUCGAAUGGGGUGUCUUGCGCGCAGAGGAGCAGAGGCGCAAAAAAGACUCUCCUGCGCCGGAGCCAGUGCACACAGAACCGGACAGCGACACGGACCUGGAGCAGCUCCUGCAGUAUCAUCUGAAGGGCUUGCAUGGGGUGCUGUCCAAACUUACAAGCCAAGCCAACAACCUGACCAACCGAUACAAGCAGGAGAUUGGCAUUGCUGGCUGGGGACAGUGAAAUGCAUCAUGAAGGAUCCAUGUCUUUGAAUAUGAUGAACAAUUCUGAUCUAAUAUGAUCUAUUCUGCCUUUGUGGAAGAGACAAAAGGGACUGACCGAACAGAUGUUAAACUGUCAAAAGUUAAAAUGCAAGGCAAAGCGAGAGGGGGAACUGGGUUUUGUAGUAGUAUUGGUGUUGAUCACUGACAAAUUGUAAGGGCUGCUUCCUGUCUUAUGACGUUAUAUUUGCACAGGCACUUUCCCUUUUUUACAAAAACAAAACAAAAUCUCCGUUCAAAUGGCUGGCUGCCAUUACCUUGAUAUUUAAAUCUAUUUAUGGAUUAUGUAUAAUUGAAAGCUUUUAUUUUUUAAUUCUUCUUUAAAGUUGUUGUCCUAUGAUGUUACUGUGUGUUCCAGAGGACUGAUGACUUUUUCAUGACUUUAAGAACAAAAUGUAUGAUAGUUUGUUUAUGUGAAAAUUCCUAUAGAUGAAGCAGAAACUCUGUAGAAAACUCCUGGGAACGUUUCCUGUUAAUGGCCUGAAACUAUCUGUGAAUCAAUGACGUGGACAACUCUGAAAACCACUGCUUGUGUGUGUCAUGAUGAGUUCCAUGAGAUUCUGGGUUAAAUUGUGCCUAAAUGCCAGUAUGAUAAAAA